AUGACCCCGGAAAUGAAAAAAGUGUAUGUUGAUCAAGAUGGGAACAUACAAUUUCAAGGAUAUUUACUAGAGGAGGGUGAAACGGAGUCAGAAGACAAACCAACAACCAGUCUUACGGAAGAAGCUUUAACUAAGAUAUUGGCAAAAUUUAGUGAAGUGAAAAAGGAUACAAAAAAAGCAGAUAGUAUUAAAAUGCUCACAGAUAAAUUUGUGAUUGAGAAAUAUAGUAGAAAAAUAUCUAAUGCAUCUCAAUGGAUGGAAAUAUUUGAAUCAGAAUGUGUUCGUUUAGAAGUAGAUGAAGAUACACAAAGGAUUGAAGCACUUCGACUGUUUCUGGAUGAAUCCUGUCUUGACUGGUACAGCUCAAUGCUCAUUAAACAUACAGUGAACUCAAAGUGGUUAGUGUGGAAAAGCAGCUUCUGUGAAACAUAUGCAGACAAGGGUUGGUCACCAAUCAGGUAUGCAAUUGUAUUUAAAUAUAGACAGGGCUCAAUACUGGAAUAUGCUUUAAAAAAAGAAAGACUUCUUUUAGAGAUUAACAAAUCUAUAGAUAAAACCACUUUUAUAGACCUAAUUGCCACUGGUUUGCCCAACUAUAUAGCAGAUAAAAUUGAUAGGAAUAACUUAAACCACACUGAAGAUUUAUUUAAUAACAUCAGAGGAUUGGAACAUUUAGUCAAGAAGAAUUGGGAUAAAAAGAAAUUUUCCUUCGACAAAACGGUCAAAGAGAAAGAUGGAAAGGAUCAGCCGUGCAAGAUAUGUGAAAAGGAAAACAAAGGCACUAGCGUGAAAAAAGCUAUUGGAAAAGUAACCUUGAAAUUAAAAAUAUUUGACAUAGAAAAAAACGUAAACAUAUUUGUAGUGGAUGGUAAUCAUUUUGAAUAUGAUGUUCUAAUUGGCUUAGAUUGCAUAGAGGCGUUUGAUCUUAUACAAAAUGAAAAGUUAGAAAUUAAACAAAUUCAACCGAAUUUAGAAUGUGACAAAUAUAAAUCAGCCGGUGAAAUUAAUAAUCCCAAAAUAAUUUCUGACUUAGCAGGUAUGGUAGUCAAUGAAAAUCAUGAUUUUGGUCAUAAUAAUAUUCCAAAUAGUGGGGUUACCCCACAAAAUCAAAAACAAAAAAAAAGUUACAAUAUUAACUUCAACGAACAUAUACCAAUUAAUGAUGUUGAAAUGACAGUAAAUAAUCUUAGUACUGUGCAACAGUCACAAGUCAAAGAACUCAUUGACAAUCACAAAUCUCUUUUUGCUUGUGACAAAUAUGAUGUAGGUACCGUGAAAGGGUAUGAAGCACAUAUUGAUUUGUUAAUUGAUAAAUAUUGUUAUAAACGGCCAUAUAGGUGCAACUUUGAGGACAAAAAAGAAAUAGAACUUCAGGUAUCUAAACUAUUAGAAAAAUACUUAAUUGACGAGUCUUACAGCCCUUUCGCCGCACCUGUAACUUUAGCUUAUAAAAAAGAGGAAGGGAGAAAGUAUAGAUUAUGUAUAGAUUUCCGAGAUCUAAAUAAAAUCGUUGUUCCUCAAUCACAACCUUUCCCAUUAAUAGAGGACCUAAUGAUAAAAACAAGAAAUUGCAAAUUCUUCACAACGCUGGAUAUAAAUUCUGCUUUUUGGUCAAUACCAUUAAAGAUUGAAGAUAGACAAAAAACAGCAUUUGUCACUCAAGAGGGACACUUUCAAUGGACGCGUUUACCCUUUGGCUUGAAAACCUCUCCAGCGAUAUUUCAAAGAAUACUCAGUAGCAUUAUUAGGAAACACAAAUUAGCUGACUUUGCAAGCAACACACUGCACAUGUCGUUUCACUCCGGAACACCCAAUUAUAAUAACGAAGCAUUAUAA